CAGGCAGGCCCAUGGAAAUACUAGAAGCUUUGGAAUGAUUGAAAGGAGUGGCCGGCAAUACCGCCGAUAAUUUGGCCAAUUACAAUAACAGCUAAAAAUGUUGUUACAUUACAUUACAUUCAUUCAUCAUCAUUCUAAUUCUAAUCACUCUGCAACUACUAACAGAGCAGAGUUGGGUCCACCUUCCUACUACUUCCUUCCAACAUAGCUAGCAUUAGCACUCUUCUUUUCUUAAUAAUAUAUAUAUAUAUAUAAACUGCAUAACUCCUUUACCUUUAAACCUCCAUCACCUCUAUUACAAUUCCUUUUCUCUUCACAUUCUUCCUCUUCCAACAUGUCUCACGAUGACUCUUCAAACCAAACAACACCACAUGUAUAUGUUCCACAACCCUUAUAUUCACACCCUCAACCUCAGAAGAAAAACAACCCUGUCACUCUUCAAUCUCAUCUCUCCAAACCUAAUACCGAACAAGAACAAACUUUCAACAAACCUUCUGAUAAUAUUCCAAACAAUGAAAACAACUCACUCCAAGAGCUUCAAAAUCUCAUUCAACAAGCAUUCAAUAACCAUGCCUUCUCUGCUCCACCACUCAUUAAAGAACAAAAACAAUCCACCACCACCACCGUAGCUGCUGAACCUGCACAAGAAAACAAAUACCAAUUAGAAGAUAAGAAGGAAAAUGUAGUGUCUUCUGUGGAGGAUGAUGGAGCAAAAACUGUGGAGGCUAUUGAAGAAAGCAUUGUUGCGGUUUCUGCAUCUGUUCCUCCAGAGCAAAAACCUGUUGUCGAGAAAGUUGAAGCGUCAUUGCCAUUACCACCUGAACAAGUAUCCAUUUAUGGGAUACCACUCCUUGCUGACGAAACAAGUGACGUAAUUCUGUUGAAAUUUCUGCGUGCAAGAGAUUUUAAGGUCAAAGAGGCUUUCACAAUGAUCAAGAACACAAUUCUCUGGAGAAAAGAAUUUGGAAUAGAGGAGUUAAUGGAUGAGAAACUGGGUGAUGAAUUGGAGAAAGUGGUUUACAUGCAUGGAUUUGAUAAGGAAGGUCACCCUGUAUGUUAUAACAUAUAUGGUGAAUUUCAGAACAAGGAAUUGUAUAACAAGACUUUUUCUGAUGAAGAGAAGAGACAUAAUUUCCUUAAAUGGAGAAUUCAGUUCCUUGAGAAGAGUAUUAGGAAUUUGGAUUUUAACCAUGGUGGUGUUUGCACCAUUGUUCAUGUCAAUGAUCUUAAGGAUUCUCCUGGACCAGGUAAAUGGGAACUUAGACAAGCUACCAAACAAGCCCUUCAACUGUUUCAGGACAAUUACCCUGAAUUUGUGGCCAAACAGGUGUUCAUCAAUGUGCCAUGGUGGUACUUGGCAGUGAAUAGGAUGAUAAGCCCUUUUCUUACCCAGAGAACCAAAAGCAAGUUUGUCUUUGCUGGGCCUUCCAAGUCAACUGAGACCCUUUUGAGCUACAUAGCUCCAGAGCAACUCCCUGUGAAGUAUGGUGGAUUGAGUAAAGAUGGUGAAUUUGGAAAUUCAGAUUCUGUUACUGAGAUCACAAUAAGACCAGCAUCAAAGCAUACUGUGGAAUUUCCUGUUACUGAGAAAUGUUUACUGUCUUGGGAGGUGAGAGUGAUAGGGUGGGAAGUAAGGUAUGGUGCAGAAUUUGUACCAAGCAAUGAAGGAAGCUAUACUGUAAUUGUCCAAAAGGCUAGAAAAGUGGCUUCAUCAGAAGAAGCAGUGCUUUGCAACAGUUUUAAAAUUAAUGAACCUGGUAAAGUUGUUCUUACCAUUGACAACACAAGUUCUAGGAAGAAAAAGCUCUUGUACCGCUUGAAGACCAAGACUUCACUCUCUGACUGAGAUAAAUCAUUAUGUUUGCACAAGUGAAAAUGUACAACGUGCAAGACCAAAAUUGUUUUGUUUGAUUAUGUUCUUUGUGUCCACUUUUACCACCAAAUGAUCUUCAAAUUGUACUUUCUUGUUGUUCAUAUCAUUAUCAAUAGAGUUUUUUAUAUCUUAUAAUUUGA